AUGGACGUGGGUGGCUUGGGUCGUUUCAUUGAUCCAGCCGGGUUAUUUUCCAGUCCCAGUUUUGCUAUGCGUCAACCCUCGGCGGCUAUAUCAGCCUUUUUCGACGCUUCCAACAAUGGUAGUGGAGGUGGCAGCGGCAACAGUGCAAUCGAUCGCUCCGGUCGCUCCUCUCCAUCUGCCAGCGAAGCGGGCGAGGAGGCAGCAGUGGUCGGGCCCAUGAAUGAAGAUGAAGGGCUAAUGGCAGAGAUUGGCUGCUGCUCUCCUAACUGGGAUCCCUUUGCACUCUCCAGCUCCCAAUCCAGCGAUGCGGAAUCUACUGGGCUCCCCGUAAACCCUGCCAUUGGCAGCGUUGGUGUUGAUGCUGAUGGAAUUGCAGUGGCGAGGAACAACGUCAUGUCUAUGUCUUGCAGUCCUGUCCUCACAGCCACGCUGAUCACCUCCAACGUCAAUGGCGAGUGCGACAAUAGGCCCAGAGCAGCCAGGAUGGGUCAGGAGCCCUUCCGUGAUCCUGCAGGAACACCCACACCUCCCACCAUCCCUAAGUUUGGCAGCCCCCUUAAUGGAGGCUGUGCCGACGACGAUCCCGCCGCAACUCCCACCUCAGAAACCGCUCCCUCUACUGCUCCUUGUACUGGCGUGUCGAACCACACGCCAAGUGAAGAACGGUGGGUAGCGAGGCAGGCGCCUCUUGCCUCGCAGGACGAUUUUGCUGUCUCGUUUCUGGAGGACAGUACCAGUACUGGCAGCAGCAGCACCAUCCGAAAAGAGAAGCGCUUUAAACAAACUACCGCCCCUCUCUCCAUCCCACCCUUUACCACCAGUCUCACUAUAGUUCAUCCCUCUGGAAAGAGUCACUCACUCAGCGUUCGAUUCUGGAAUGUGAAUAGUCUUACUUACGUGUUUGCUUUCCGCACACAUGCAGAUCUUAUUCCCUCAUGGGCAUUAAAUCGCCCUACUGGCCCAUCUAUCCAAUUGGGUCCCCAUCAGACGGCUGGAGGGUUGCAGCAUCCAAAGGACGACCCGCAGCCAGACAAGUUUUACUGUACUGGUGAAGCCUUUGCUUCUCAUGCAUCUCCAACUUCUUCUCGCCUGUGCUCUCAAGUUCUUCAGUCACCACUCACUCAGGUGGAGUCGGAUCUAACAAAAACCCAAGUUGACGAGGCUCUGAGGGAUAGUGAUUCUGACAUCGACAAGAGCAAUGCCAACAGCCACAUAGGUGAUGAAGACCCCAGCGACGAUGAAAUUGAUAAAGAUGACUAUGAUGAUGGCGACGACGAAGAAGCGGUGGAUUUGGAUUUGGACAGCCUCUGGAUGACCAUUGAUCAACUGAUUAGCCAUGUGACUGAACUGGGUUCAAGUGGCCUAACGGAGGAGUACUCGGCGAUGUGCAGCAUCAAGACGGAUGAUCCCUGCACUGCAUUUCGGUAG